AUGGCACCCAACCCCGCGGACCAGGCGCGACUGCCGCCCCAGGAACAAGAGCCGAUGACUCCCACGAACGCCCCAGGAGCUAGAGAAGCGCUCCUCCGGCAGGCCCCACGCGCGGGUCUUGCCGAAUUACUGUUGCCACGACGCGCACAGCAACCCGACGACUCUCCAUUCGGCUCCACGAACAGCGACAAUGCCCACACCGACACCGACCAGCCAGAUGCUGUAAUGGGAGACGCAGCAGACGAAACCGAGACCGACGAGCCGGACGACCUGCCCGAGACUCAAGGCCCAGCAGUAACGGUUGCCCACGCGGCAGAGAGACUUAUCGCCAACCAGAUGGAAGCACAACAGGCAAAGCUGGCCGUCUUCCGCGCAUUCUGCACCGCCUUCGACAAGACGGCUGCCCAGUUCAACUCGGGCCACGAGCUCAGCUUCGCGAAGGAAUUCUCGCGCGGCUUCAUUAGCUACUGGGACGACGCGCUCAACGGCGCCCCACACGCGCCGAAGGGGAUGGCACAGACAAGGGCUCCCCUGCCGGCACGCCUCGGCCCGAAGCCCCGGAAGGCGCCUCCGGUCCAGCCGCCUAAAGAUGACCUGCGUGUCUUCGUGCGGCUCGACGACAAGUCCCCAGCAUGGGGCUAUCAGGGGCAUGCCAUCAGAGCUCACGUAGCUAAGACUCUCAACCUAGGGACAGAACGCAUGCCACAGAUCGCCCGGGACGACUGGGCGGCCCGCCUCGGGGCCGUGGCGGUUGAAGGCUUCCAGAAGUGGCACACGUACGCUGUGGCCGACUGCCCCAGGCAGCUCACGGAUAUCUGGGGGGCCGCCGUGGACUAUGACCAAGCUAUCAAAGAAGAGAUCAAGCUCCAGACAGGUGCCGAACCAAUUGAUGUGCACAUUGCUAAGAGAUACUCCGAAAGCUCCGACCAGCCCACUGUGACAAUGAUUGUGUCCUUUCAGGCGGCGAUACAGAGGAGAUGGCGGCUCUUCGGCACCAGCCGACUAGCCCGACUGAUCGCCAAGACCGCCCGGCCCGCGCAGUGCGACACCUGUUGGGAUUAUCACUCCCGCUACGCCUGCGACCGAAAACAAGCCUGCCGACGAUGCGGCGGGAAAGACCAUCGCGAUAACGACUGCAAGCAGCCGGAGAGGUGCGCGAACUGUUCCGGCCCUUCCCGGCAGACCAUAGGAGUGCCCUGCCAGACCUAG